GACCCCGCCGCAAGGAACCCGCUGCGCUCGGCACAGCUUCGUUUACUUCCGCCACCCUCCCGCGUCGUCUGCUUCUCUCCAAACCCAGGGAUGAUGCUGUCGCCGAGAUUACUGUUGCUACGGUCGGCGGCGUCCUUGACAACCAGGGCGCUGUCUCAAGGGGGCGUGUCUGCCCGCGGCACAGCGCCGGAUAUGGUCGAAGGAAAUGCACACUUACACGUGUCCAAUGUGCGAAACAGGCUGAGGGAAAUCGUGGGAGCUUCCACGAACUGGAGUGACCACCAGCAGGCACUAGCCGAUCGCGUGUCACUGUCAUCCAUGCUAGCCAACUCUCAGAGCGACCUUCCCACCAAGAAGAUGAAGGACAGUCGCCUGGAGGUUCACCUGCCCCUGGGCUCUCAGCCCCAACUCAGAGAAAAAUACCUCACAUUCCACAACACUGUCAGGUUUGGGAGGAUCCUGGAGGACCUGGACAGCUUAGCAGUGCUUAUAUCUUACUCACACACCCAUAAUGAAGCUCUGCCGAGGUCGCCCCUGUCCAUUGUCACCGCCCUGGUGGACAAGAUAGACAUGAGAAAGCACAUUAUCUACCCUGACUGCGACAUCAAGUUCACCGGUCAUGUGACGUGGGUGGGAAAGACCUCCAUUGAAGCAAAGAUGCACGUGUCCCAGUACUAUGAUGGCACCUACAAUCCCGUGCUGGAUGCGACAUUUGUAAUGGUGGCCAGAGACCCAGAGAACAAGAGGGCAGCUUAUGUGAAUCCACUGAAACCAGAAGGGCCGGAGGAGGAGAAACUGUUCCAGGAGGGCGAGAUCAAUAGGGCCCGCCGGGUGGAGCUGAGCACAGCGUCCCUGCUGAAGGUGGCCCCUACCGCUGAGGAGAGGAAUAUCGUCCACACUCUCUUCCUCAACACCUUGGACAACAAAACAGUGAGUUUCCGCAGCAGAGUUUUGCCUCCGAACUCGGUGUGGAUGGAGGACGCUAAGAUCAAAGGGCUGGAGAUCUGCCAUCCUCAGGAGAGGAACAUUUUCAACAGGAUAUUUGGAGGGUUUCUGAUGAGGAAGGCCUACGAGCUGGGCUGGACCAAUGCCUGUUCCUACGGAAGAUGCAGACCCAGACUGGUGGCCGUGGAUGAUAUCCUGUUCCAGAAGCCCGUGGAAAUCGGCUCCUUACUGCUGUUCUCCUCACAAGUGUGUUACACAGAGGGGAACAACAUCCAGGUCAGAGUUCACACUGAAGUUCUGGACCCGCUGACCCGGCAGCACAACACCACCAACAUCUUCCACUUCACCUUCGCCUCAGACAGCCAAGUCCCCAGCAUCGUGCCGAAGACCUACGGAGAGUCGAUGCUGUAUCUGGAUGGGAAGAGACACUUCAACCAGACUUUGGUGCACUGAAACACCGCGUUUACCGUUACCCAACACGCUGACUUCCUGCCAAAGCCUUACGGCGGCCAGCCGAUGCAUCACGCCCACCCCCGAGUGACAGAAGGCAUGUGUGUGUGUGUGUGUGUGUGCGUGCGUGAGUGAGAACACAGUUGUGCAUGCACUUACAUGGAAGAAAGAUGGACGGCAUUUACUACACAGAACUUUGAUAUAGUUAGUUACUAUUAUAUUAUUAUUUUAUGAAUAUAUACAUAAUUAGUUACACGAUGGUUAUUUGUGAUGUCUGACUUCCUGUUUACUUCUGGAUUCUGAGAGUGACAUUUUGGGCAACAUUUGGCGUGGGACCGACCGUGGAUGCUGCGGGAGUCCUCGCUUUCCGUUUUCGCUUCAUUUAUAACGCUUAUUAUCUUUUACGACCAGCGUUAGACGUUGCCACGGGCCACCACCACCACCACCACCACCACCCAACUGUUGAUCUUAUCUCACUGCAGCUUUUAUUCUGCCCCACCAGCCAAGUUGGCAGGUAACCAGCCACCACGUCAAGCAUCUGUUCCUGCUUUGUAAAAUUAUAUUCAAGCGGUGAAAGAUUAGAGAACAUUUGAUGGAGUUAAGAGUCUGGUACUCACUGUGACCAGUUAACUCCCCCCCCCCUCCCCCCAGGUUCAAGUUGAUAUGAUUUAUUAUAAUCCAUGGUCUCCACUCCAUCAGUUACUGAAUGUUUUUAAUGUUCUUAUGCAUCUGCUACGCACAAAACUUCGUUACAGCUACCCGGACCUCUUUUUUUACUAUUUUGGUGUGAUGCAUUUUGUUGCAUGCGUAUGACUGUCUCGUCGACGGGUGACGGGAAGGUGUCGUUCCAGCUGGCUAUCCAUUCAGUGUCACAGAGAAGAAAUAAAUGAGCUAUUUAUCUUC